AUGGCUUCGUCUUCUUCACCUAAAACAACCAGAAAGCCUGGGAAAGGUAGGAGCAAGAUCGAGAUUAAGAAAGUGGAACAAACCAGCAAGCGUUUCGUCACAUUCUCAAAACGCAAAUUAGGCCUCUUCCGCAAAGCCGCCGAACUAUCCCUUCUCUGCGAUUCUCAAAUCGCCGUCGUCGUCUUCUCCCAAUUCGGCAAGGUCUAUUCCUCCGGCUACCCCGACCCUGACGCCGUCAUCCGCCGCUACCUCUCCUGCGCAUCCUCCUCGAUGUCGGACUCUACGUCGGCUCAUGAUCCGGAAAGAGAAUGUUAG